AUGGCGAGGGCAGCGGCGGCGGCGGCGAUGAUGGUGCUCGCCGUGGUGGCGCUGACGCUGGCGCUGGCCGCGGUGCCGCGCGCGGAGGCCGGGCAGAACUGCAUCUGCGAGUGCAUGAAGCUGUGCAUGCGGACGCGGGUCCCGAGCAUGGGCCAGUGCGCGGGCAAGUGCCGGGAGAACGCCUGCACCAAGAGCUGCGAGGAGGCCUGCACGCUCAAGGGCUUCCCCAAGCUGCCCAGCGAGGGCAUUUCGGCCUGCGAGGUGGAGCCGCUCACCCCCGACGAGGUGCACAUGCUGCACUGA